UGGGCUCUAAGGCCCUGUCUAGUACUCAGCUUGAUCCUGAAUGCCAAAUACUGUAGCUGACCGGAUCCCAUCUUUAAUCCAGGCGGAACGAUCGUCACAUACCCCGGAUAGUAGCCUUAGGCACCAGCACGGUCUCUAUCCGUUGCGUCAUUCUUCACCAGCUUCUACCACGUCGCGCAGAGCCGACCAUGGGAUAUGCGGCUGCUAUCUCAAGAAAGACCGGCAAUCACCUAGCCCGGUGUUUCAUUCGCCAGAGAGUCGCUCAUUCCUCACAUCGAACGUAUCACUCGUCCCAGAAGAGCUCGGGAUCCAUCCUCGAACCGCGCUUAGAAGACCAUGGCCGGGUCAUCCACGACCAGUAUUCGGUAGUCCGAAACAGCUACGCCGCCCCGAAACACCCCGUCGUCCUUGCCCACGGUCUGCUUGGCUUCGAUGAACUGCGACUGGCAGGUCGCUACUUUCCGGGUGUCCAGUACUGGCGUGGUAUCAAAGAAGCGUUGACGGCGCAGGGUGUGGAGGUUAUUACUGCGACGGUACCGCCAUCGGCUUCUAUCGAGGAACGUGCGGAAGAAUUGGCGCGAGAUAUUGAGGUUGGGGCACGGGGGAAGGAUGUCAAUAUCAUCGCUCAUAGCAUGGGGGGGCUCGACUCUCGAUACAUGAUUAGUCGUCUCCGGCCACAGAAAUUCAAGGUGUUGUCCCUCACUACCAUUGCAACACCCCAUCGAGGGUCUGCCGUUGCCGAUUUCUGUUUUGAUCAAAUCGGAGCUGAGCUUCUACCUCAAAUAUACUAUACCCUGAACAAACUCAACAUCGAGACCGGCGCCUUUGCACAGCUAACUCGAAAGUACAUGUCCGAAACAUUCAACCCAAACACGCCAGACAUAGAUGGCGUUCGGUACUUCUCCUACGGCGCAUGCGACCAGCCCAGUCUAUGGUCCGUGUUUCGACUCUCGCACCGGAUCCUAGCUGAAGCAGAAGGUCCCAAUGAUGGCCUCGUCAGCGUGGCCAGUAGUCUUUGGGGUGGCGAAGCAGGGUACAAGGGGACGCUGGUAGGCGUCAGCCAUCUUGAUUUGAUCAACUGGACGAACCGGCUGAAGUGGCUGGCUGCGGAGGUGACGGGCAAGCCGCGAAAGUUCAAUGCCAUUGCAUUCUACUUGGACAUCGCAGAUAUGUUGGCGAAUGAGGGGCUUUAGGGGUGGUGGUUUUCUGCAGCAGCCAUGGAGGCGACACAGGCGUAGAUCAUUGAUACCCUUCAUUCUUAUUUUUGUACAAUUGUGUAUUACCAUGAACAUGCUUAUUGAAAUUCUAUUGUCAUUCUAUUCGAAUCACCCUAGCCUAUUCAUACCGAUCGUAGCCCGUUCGGCUAAGCGGACUGUUUCUAGUUUGGAAUACUGAUACUACCCAUGGCCGGAUAUACAUAAUUGGGGUCCGCGAAUC